CGUGCUUUUGUCACCCCUCAUUCUCAUUCGUCGUACUCCCACUCAAAUUCUCAUUGUGUUACCGGCUUUUCUCUGCCAACUCAUGCUUGCGACCUGGCCUACAAAUUCCAACAGUCUGUGUGAUGUUCCUGCCCUACGCAACCUGUAUGCCAACUCCAACAGGCAACGAUGAAUGGAUGACGAGGCAACAACGACGUGGACGAUCCUGAUCGACGACGACCACACGACGAUGACCGCUCAAUGACGACAGGCAGCGACUGCGUGAUGACCGCCCCACGACAACAGCACGACGACCGCAUGCAACCAUGACCACACGCAGCAAUGCGUGGCGACACGACCGUUGGCCAGGAUUCACCACCACCCCCCAUCAACGCCAAGGAUGGUCCAGCACCCUGUCCCAACGCCGACGAAGCUCACCACAUAAACAGUAAACACAGCCCUGCCACCAGCACCCACAACAGCCCACCACCCCACACUGUCAGGAGCCCACCACAACCGCUCACAAAUGCCGAUGACAGCCGGACACCACACCGAACACAGUCUCCCCACCCACAAUGA